ACUCAUUGGAGCCCAAGUUGACUCCGAGAUCGAUGGCCGAAGAAAUCCUGGAGCAAACCCUAGGAACCCACGAGGCCCGCGCCAUGUCCUCCGUCCCCGGCGGCGGCGACGAUCGAUCUCCGAUGGAGGCCGGAGAUUCAUCCCUCUGGCGGUCCCUCUCUGCCAGCCGCCUCAACGCACAGGCAGCAGAGUUCGUCCCUCGCUCCACGCAGCUCCCUGCUCCCUCCUCAGUGCCGAUUCGCCAUGGGCAUGCUACUGCGGCGCACCCUGUGAAGCACGUAUUCCACCAGGCGCCUCCGAACCCGACUUAUUUUAUUCCCAGCUCGAGUUCGUUAGAGUACUAUGGGCCUGCGCAGCCAGGCGGAUUUAAGGAUCAUGAGGGCGGACAUACCAGCGCUGAUCCUGAACGAACCCCUCAGGAGAGGGACGGAAUUCCAGAGGAAGUUAUCCAAAAGAUCACGAAGCAGGUUGAGUAUUAUUUCAGUGAUGCAAACCUUGCUACAACUGAACAUUUGAUGAGGUUUAUCAGUAAAGAUCCUGAUGGAUUUGUGCCAAUAUCAGUUGUAGCAGCAUUUAAGAAGAUCAAAUCCUUGGUUAGCAACAACUCACAGCUUGCUAUGGCACUCCGAACAUCAUCAAAACUGGUUGUAAGUGAUGAUGGGAAAAGAGUUAGGCGUCAACAGCUAUUUACAGAGUCAGACUUGGAAAUGUUGCAGUCUCGCAUUGUUGUGGCUGAAAACUUGCCUGAGGACCAUUGUUACCAGAAUCUUAUGAAGAUUUUCUCAUCUGUUGGCUGUGUGAAGACAAUACGUACAUGUUAUCCACCAUCUGCCAAUGGAACAGCUCCUGCAAAUAAUAAAUCUACACGACUGGAAAUGCUCUUUGGCAACAGAUUGCAUGCAUUUGUGGAGUACGAGUCUAUUGAAGAUGCUGAAAAAGCAGUUGCUGAACUCAAUGAUGAGAAGAAUUGGAGAAAUGGACUCAGAGUUAAAUUGUUUCAUAAAUUCUUGAUGAAACAUGGGGCAACUCGAGGAAGAAGGGGACAGGAAGGUGAUUUUAACGGAGAGGAGGAUGUUUCAACAUCAAACCAAUCAAAUGAAAAGCUGGUUGGUGAUGCCUAUCACUCAUCUGAUGUGUCACAUGAUCAUGAGAAUGAUGAAAAUUUCAAUGAAAAAGAUGGUGCACUAAGACGAGGGAGAGGCCGGGGCCGUGGAGGGAGACGAGGGCGCGGCCAACAUCAGAACAAUAAUCGCGGAGGAGGCCAUCUGGUUGGCACCCCACCAUCUAGUCAUUCUAUCCAUUCUGAUCGCGAACAACUUGUUGCUAACAAGCAACCUCCUGGUCCUCGGAUGCCAGAUGGUACCAGGGGAUUCACACUGGGCCGAGGGAAACCAGUAAUCUCAACUAGUACAGUCUAGAGGCAUUUUACGAGUGUUCCUGUUUACUCUUUUUUCUUUUCUUUUUUUUUUUUUUUUUUGCAUGGUAAAAGAUUCGUAUCAGCCAAUCCACGACUCACAGUGCCACUGUUGGUUUUGGUGCCAACACAUCCAUCAGUGCGUGUUAGACUUUUAUUUUUUGGGGUUUAGCCUGAGUUGUUGGAGUAUCUGUUAUGGGUCUUUCCUUUUGAUGGUCGCAUCUCCAAAGGUUAAAAAAAGAAGUCAAUAGUAUGUUGGUCCUGUGCUCGAAUCAAAUCACUAUAUUAGAACUGCUGUUGAACAUAAUAUAUAUGGUCAAUAAGGCAAAAACAUUGUCAUAUUAUUUUGAGUUCAAGUUUAUAUAUUGUUUACUUCGCA